AUGCCAACACAAGAGAUUCGACAGCAAGCACCUCCUGUCACCGUCAUCGCCUCGUCGACGGCGGAAGAGGGUUCGGGCAGUGAUGGCGGGGGGUCUAUUGAGGCCUCAGCCUCCUCUCGGACCCUCUUCCGAGCACAGACAGAGGACGAUUCAUCCGAUCUCCUCCUAGACUGUACCCCCUCCGAUAACGAUACGGAUCUGAUGAAUUUCGAAACUCCAGACCGCCAGUGGUCUAUUGAGGCCUCAGCUUCCUCUCGGACUCUCUUCCAUUAUCAACUCUGAGUGAUGGAACGAAAUUCGUGUUCAACUCUUGAGGGACCUCGGAAGGCGAAUUACAG